ACGUGUUUUAUUUUUUAUUUCUUCACGUGAUUUUGCCGUGUUCGACGUCACCACCCUUCACGGAAGUCAGCACUGUGAUGAUAGUGGCCUCGUCAGUCUAGCAGCAGGAAGAGGAUGUUUGCUUCCAGUCAAAUAAUAUUAUUAUCGGAUCAUAAGACUUUAUAACAUCCCAAACUGCUUUAGGUUAGUUUUUUUUUUUCAGCCGAGCCUGCGGGGAUUUAGAAAGCGCAUUUCCUCUCGCGGAGGCGGCCUGGAAACGGGCGCUGGAUAAAGAUGUCACUGUUCCAGUCGGCACUUGAUUUCCUAGCCGGGCCCGGCACGUCCGGAGCGGCCAGCCGGGACCAGAAUGACUUCGUCGGACAAGUGGUUGAGCUCGGUGACAUGAAACUCAGAAUCAAGAGGGUUAUCGCCGAAGGUGGUUUCGCUUUUGUGUAUGAAGCCCAGGACAUGAGCAGUGGGAAAGAGUACGCCCUCAAGAGGCUGCUGUCCAACGAGGAAGAGAAGAACAAGGAAAUCAUACAGGAAGUCUGCUUUAUGAAAAAAUUGUCAGGUCAUCCAAACAUGGUUCAGUUCUGCUCCGCCGCGUCCAUCAGUAAGGAGGAGUCGGACACCGGGCAGGCCGAGUUCCUCAUCCUCACCGAGCUUUGUAAAGGUCAGCUGGUGGACUUCAUAAGGCGGGUAGAGCAGAGGGCCCCUCUGUCGUGCGACACCGUGCUGAAAAUCUUCUACCAGGCGUGCCGCGCCGUGCAGCACAUGCACAAACAGAAACCUCCAGUCAUCCACAGAGACCUCAAGAUCGAGAACCUGUUGAUUAGUAAUCAGGGCACCAUCAAGCUGUGUGACUUUGGCAGCUCCACCACAGUGUCGCAUCGCCCCGACUACAGCUGGUCUGCCCAGAAACGGUCCAUGGUGGAGGAUGAGAUCACUCGGAACACCACUCCAGCAUACCGGACACCAGAGAUGAUCGAUCUCUACUCCAACUUUCCCAUCAAUGACAAACAAGACAUUUGGGCCCUGGGAUGCAUCCUCUACUUGCUGUGUUUUAAGCAGCAUCCAUUUGAGGAUGGGGCCAAGCUUCAGAUAGUCAAUGGGAAAUACCUCAUCCCUCAGAAUGACGUCAGGUACACCGUGUAUCACGACCUGAUACGUUCCAUGUUGAAAGUGAACCCAGAAGAGCGACUGUCCAUCACUGAGCUGGUCAACCAGCUGCAGGAGAUCGCAGCAGCGCGCAACGUCAACCCCAAGUCUCCCAUUACCGAGUUUCUGGUAACAAUGUUGAGCACUUACUACUGCUGGCGGCCCGUGUAUGAUGGCUAUGAAUGUCUGCAGCUGCUGGAGCAGAACGGAGGUUUCGGCAACAAUGGAGCCCAGCCGCCCAUGCAGAUCCAGAACGUCCACAACAACGCAGGUGUGUACGACCCCGAUCAGGCAGGAAGUGGCAUCUUGGAUAUCUUGAGAGGAGGAACCGAGCGCUUCCUCACCAACAUAAAAGAUACAUCCUCUAAAGUCAUCCAGUCGGUGGCCAGUUAUGCCAAGGGGGACCUGGAUAUUUCCUACAUCACAUCCAGAAUAGCAGUUAUGUCCUUCCCCGCUGAAGGGGUGGAGUCGGCGAUAAAGAAUAACAUAGAGGAUGUCCGUCUGUUCCUGGAUUCACGUCACGCCGGCCACUAUGCCGUCUACAACCUCUCCAAACGAUCAUACAGGCCUUCUCGGUUCCACAACAGGGUUUCAGAGUGUAACUGGCAGGUGCGCCGCGCCCCAAACCUCCGCAGCCUCUACAGCGUAUGUAAGAACAUGCAUCUGUGGCUCAAACAGGACCAGAGGAACAUCUGUAUUGUUCACUGUCUGGAUGGCAGAGCUGCAUCGGCCGUGGCGGUUUGCUCCUUCUUGUGUUUCUGUCGCCUUUUCACCACAGCCGAGGCCGCCGUCUACAUGUUCUCCAUGAAACGCUGCCCGCCCGGCAUCACACCCUCACACAAGAGGUACAUCGAGUAUAUGUGCGACAUGAUGGCUGAGGAACCCAUCAUCCCCCACUGCAAGCCCGUGACCAUUCACUCCAUCACCAUGACGCCCGUGCCGCUCUUCAACAAGCAGCGCAACGGCUGCCGGCCCUUCUGCGAAGUUUACGUCGGCGAGGAGCGAGUCCUCACCACGUCACAGGAGUACGACAAGAUGAGGGAUUUCAAGACGGAAGAUGGCAGAGCGGAGAUUCCCCUCAAUGUCACGGUUCAGGGAGAUGUGCUGGUGGUUAUCUACCAUGCACGCUCCACGCUGGGAGGACGCCUGCAGGCAAAGAUGGCGUCCAUGAAAAUGUUUCAGAUCCAGUUCCACACAGGCUUUGUGCCCAGAAACGCGACUACUGUCAAGUUUGCGAAAUAUGAUCUGGACGCCUGUGACAUUCAGGAGAAGUACCCCGACUUGUUCCAGGUUAACCUGGACAUCGAGGUGGAACCCAGGGACAGACCCAGCAGCAAGUCCCACCCGUGGGAGGGUUUCCAAACAAAGGGCCUCAACCCCAAAAUCCUUUUCUCAUCUCGUGACGAGCAACAGGAGAUACUCAGUAAAUUUGGUAAGCCUGAGCUGCCUCGGCAGCCAGGCUCCUCUGCAUUUUACGACUCAGAGUCAGCAGAGCCAUCCCAGGCCCCAGAAGGUCCGAAUGCAGCAGAAGCAGAAUCCCCCAUGAGCAACGACACCAAUCCCAGCAACUUUUUCCAGACGCUUGAUUGGGAAGAUAUGCGUUGCGCACACGACGCGUCAGACAGCCAGGGAGGAGGCUCCUUCAAUGACCAAGAGGACCUCAGUGACCAGUCAGAGGGGGAGUCCUACUCGUACUCGGCCACCAGUGGAGAGCCUCUGUCCCGUGAUCACAGCGAGCAUCAGUUUGAUGCCGACUUCCAGACAGCCCCUCCCGUUGCCCCGGAGACUCCCCUCGGCGGUACCGCCGACCUCUUAGGUUUGAACUCUGACCCUGAAGCUCCCUCCUCGUCAUCGGCCUCCUCCUCCGCUCCUCACCACCAAGCGGAGCAGGGAGGACUCAAAGCCGCCUCCAGCAACAGCGACCUGCUCAACGACCUGUUUGCACCCCCUGCUGGUCAGACCGCAGCGGUGCAGGAGGAUCUGUUCUUCAGCGGGCCAACCAGUGGCACCACACCAGACUCAAAACCCGUUGCCGACCCGUUUGACCCGUUCAGCAUGGGGUCUGGGUCUGGUGUAGGCUCCAGUGUCGGGUCGUCUCGACAAGCAUCUGGACCGGACCUGUUCGGGGACUUUUUGGCCUCCGACAGUUCAGCCACCAGCGGAUUCGGCUCAGCUCACAGCAACAACACACCUGCCUCCAACACUAGCCUCUUCAACCUCAAUAAAGCUGUGAAAGAUGUACCAAAGAUGACAUCUUCAGCCAGCCAGCCGGAUUUGCUCGGUGGGUGGGACAGCUGGACAUCUGGCUCCACCUCUGGCAUGAGCACCACGACCAGCAAACCCAAAUAUACCAACACCGCUUCUGGCAUGUCCUCCAUGUCCAAAGCAAAGUCCCAGACCUUCGAUCCUUUCGCGGACCUCGGCAACCUGGCCUCCAACUUGCCAGGUUCUUCCAGCAGCAACUUUUCUGGGCCUUCCUUUAGCACAAAGGGCCCGUCUUCCUCCACCACCACCUCCUCCUCCUCCAGUAAGCCUCAAGCCCAGCAGCCCUGGCAGUCUGCCAGACCCGCCUCAGCCCAGAGUAAAGCUUGGAUGUCUGGAUCGGCACCUAAAACCUCCUCGGCGUCUCAGCCUGCCGCCGCACAGCCCUCUAAACCCAACUACAACCUUAACUUCUCCAGCGUCAUCGGCGGGAGAGAGGAGAGGGGAGUUCGCGGACCUGGAUUUGGCCCAAAGCCAAAAGUGAAAGAGGACGAUUUCGAGGACCUGCUCUCCACUCAGGGUUUUGCUUAUAAACCUGACAGGAAGGGACCAAGGACCAUUGCUGAGAUGAGAAGACAGGAGAUCACAAAAGAGAUGGACCCGCUUAAACUACAGAUUUUGGAUUGGAUCGAGGGGAAAGAGAGAAACAUCCGAGCGCUGCUGUCAACUCUGCACACCGUGCUGUGGGAGGGCGAAAUCCGCUGGAAGCCGGUGGGCAUGGCCGACCUGGUGACCCCCGACCAGGUGAAGAAGUACUACAGGAAGGCCGUGCUGAUUGUGCAUCCCGAUAAGGCGGCGGGUCAGCCGUACGAGCAGUACGCCAAGAUGAUCUUCAUGGAACUCAACGACGCCUGGUCAGAGUUCGAGAACCAGGGAUCCAAAGCACUCUUCUAAAGUCCUGGCGCAGACCCCCGGCCACACCAGACGGACACAACCGGACUGGAUUUGGUGGAACCAAACAAGAACAAGGGGUUAGACUGGGCCAGAUUGGACAGGACUGAGCCCACAUUGGGCCUUUGGGGGCGCAGAGCCUCUGAGAGGUGUCCUCUCUACCAUUCCUUCCCUCCUUCUUUACUUUCUUCUGUUUCUACAGUCAAAAAGGUGAUAAAAAAAAAAGACCUGACGGCUCAUUUUGUGGCUGUAGUAAGAAAAAUAAAUAUAUAUAUAUAUAUAUAUACAUACAUAUAUAUAUAUAUAUCUAUCCUCCCUGGUUCAUAAACAGCCACCUAAAACUUAAAGAUUGUUCUUAAACUUACUGCCUACCUGUGCGACUGCCUGAUUGGUGCUGCAAACUUCGGAAGGGAAAGGAGAGCGCAACAGUCACACUAAGAAGAUGAAACGGAAAAUGAAAAUGAUGAAAAGGACUUGUAAAAGGCCGAUUAUCAUGACAGUUGUAUUCAGAUGAGAAAAGCACGACCAAACACUAAUAAAAAAAAAAGGCUGAUGGGAUUUGGCUGUUGGUGGUAAGACUGUCAUUUGUGCGCGGCACGUUUUGGAAACAGUCGGUCGGUGUCAGUUUAUUAGAACACAAGGAACUACACAUGGCUGUUCAUCAUCCGGCAUGCCAGCCCCACCAUGCAAGAAAGGGAAAAAUAUCAUUCAGAUGGGAAAGUUUUCAAGCUCUGUGGUCUCAAAGGAAGAAACAAAGAGGAAAAAAAAGAAGAAGAAAAAGUUAAGUUAAAGCAAGCACCUCUUCACUGAAACCACUCCGACCGUAACCCAGCAUUGGAUGAAUACCGAGAUUGAUCUUUUGGAAACUACGGACUGAAAACUUUGGAAGUUCUACAGCUUUUUUGGGUUUGUGUCCUCCUCAGUGGGGUGACGACCUGGGGUGCUGCUCGGACCACCACCGCUACUCGCACUCGUUCGGAUUCGUGCCACUUUGCUGAGGAGGUCCGUGUCAAUUCCAAACACGCAGUCUGUUUUUUAAGUGCUCUUUUAAGCCCACGCGCUCACGCUCCGCUUCAGCGACCACCUCCACAGCGGCAGGUUCAGGGCCGUCAGCACGGGGAGCAGCUCUUUUUACUAAAGUGCUCUUCUUCUUGACACGCCGUCACUGUUAUGAGCCCCCUUCUCCGUGUCUUUGAGCUCCCCCCUAUUCAGCGCACUGCUUAGUGGACAAACAAUCAAAAAGUGAAGGAUUGAAAAGAGAAUGUGUCCCCGGUCUCGUGCUCUGUAUUCUCUAAGAUUUGUUCUAUAUGUUUGUAUCGAGCUCCUUGUCGGGUUAAUCAUUGCUUCGGUGUAAAUAUGAGAAUCCUUGUCAUUCGUCAAGUGGCUUUGUAAAGAUUGCAGCCUCGGGAUUUAUUUAGUCACGUUUGCUGCAGGCCGAAACCGUGCGAAUGUGGAACGUGUGCCAGCACGAUUCCCUCUGCACGCACGGGAUCUGACUCUGCUGGUCAUCAGGCCUACAAUCACAACUGUUUUUGUUUUGCUUUGUUCUGUUAUUUUCUCGCCUCAUUUUUGUUUUGUGAUCUGUUGUUUGAAUCACUUAAAAAUCUUUUCACACUUUUUUUUCCUACCUUUUUCUCUUAUUUUUGCUUUCACACUUACCUCACGGGCCAAUCCAGAACCCUUGUUUCCUUAUUUAUUUCUGUGUUGUGUGGGGAAGUUGGGGGCCGAUAGCUUACGCAUGUAUUUUAAUGGCACAAGAAGAAAAUUCCCCAUAAUAUAUAAGCGGAACAUGCAGAGUGCAGCCGGGACAGCUGGUGGUCAGUCACGGCGCACUUCUGUUGCUGUUUUUCAUUCCAAAGCAUCAAACAAUAUGGUUGUUCUUUUGCAAAUGUAUGUCCUGUCUGUUGUCACUUUGUCUACUUUAAGCCGUAUCAUUUGGUUUCACGGUCUGUUUAAUGUUGUUAUCAUUUUCUUUAUUUCUUUCAAGGCAAAAGUGAACUUUUUUCUUCUGUUUCGUUUCCUAACAUUUUCUUCAAAAUUCCAGUGCAAGGGGCCAUCAAACCUAAGUAUAAAGACGAAUAGAUUUUUCUGACAGUAUGAGAGUGUAGAGGGGGAAGGUAGCAAAAACCACUCAUCGGCAGUGUUUUCUGUACCAAAUUACAUCAUACUAAUAUGAAUGUAAAUUUCAAUGCAAAAACAAAUGAUUAAAAAUCCUUUUGAUCUGAG